GGCCAAAUGAGGUUUUGGCUUUAGGGAUGAUCAGUGAGAUACACCUGCUGGAGCGCGUGCUACGGGUGGGUGUUGCCAUCGUGACCAGUGAACUGAGAUAAGGCGGCGCUUUACCUAGCAUAGCCUUGCAGAUGACCUGGAGCCAGUGGGUCUGACGACGAACAUGUAGCGCGGGCCAGCCGACUAGAGCAUACAGGUCGCAGUGGUGGGUGGUAUAAGGUGCUUUAGUAACAAAACGGAUGGCACUGUGAUAAACUGCAUCCAGUUUGCUGAGUAGAGUAUUGGAAGCUAUUUUGUAGAUGACAUCGCCGAAGUCGAGGAUCGGUAGGAUAGUCAGUUUUGCUAGGGAAGUUGGGAGAAUGAAGGUAGAACUCUUUGCCGAUGUGGUUCCAAAGACGGCUGAGAACUUUCGGCAGUUCUGCACAGGGGAAUUCAGAAAAGAUGGUGUCCCUAUCGGAUUUAAAGGCUGCACCUUCCACAGGGUGAUAAAGGACUUCAUGAUCCAAGGCGGGGACUUUGUAAAUGGUGAUGGUACAGGUAUCUGCAGCAUCUACAGAGGACCAUUUGCAGAUGAAAACUUUAGAAUGAAGCACUCUGCCCCUGGCCUCCUAUCCAUGGCAAACAGUGGCCCCGGAACCAAUGGCUGUCAGUUUUUCAUUACCUGUACGAAAUGUGACUGGCUAGAUGGAAAGCAUGUGGUCUUCGGGAAAGUGGUCGACGGCUUGCUUGUCAUGAGAAAAAUUGAGAACGUUCCUACCGGCCCAAACAACAAGCCCAAGCUUCCCAUCCUCAUAGCUCAAUGUGGGGAAAUGUGAUUCAACUUACAGAGCAAGUUUCUUUUUUAGGACAGCCACACAACCUCUUUUUGUACUUGAAUAAGUGUGUUCUUCUCCCAUGUUUGCGCUCAAUAGACAUCAACCAAAUUCUGUUUACUUCUGUAAGUUGAGUGGAAGUCAGUUUGCCAGUUUGCCACACAAUUAUGACGUCUCCUAUGAAUAGUAUAGCUAUACAAAUUGCCAACACUUUUGCAUUUCUUGAGUCGGUAAAAUUCAGAGACUGUAAAUCUAGGAUGUAAGACAUCUUGGACAUCAUCUAGACUUGAGCCUCAUUACUCCUUACAAAAAAAUGUUUCAGUUCCAAGUAUCACCAAUCGAUACAUGUCCUAUGUGUAAUUCGAUAACUCACUAGUAAUUGUAUAGACUACUGUAGCUUACUCAAAUGUUUUCUCAAUGCCUAGCUAUGAAUAGCAAUUAUUGGGAAUUCAAUGUUUUGUAUGGAAUCUGUUGCCUUUUUAUAAAUGGAUCAUAUAAAUGUGCUUUUUGGUGCAGCGGUUUUGUUCAGUAGUUGUUUUUCGAAAUGUCAGGUUUUCAAAAAUUAUUUGGUAUCCCCCACCAACAAUGUACGUAAGUAACAAGACAAGAGUUUUCGUAUAGCCUAAACAGAAUAGAUUCCACAUAUGGACAAUAUUGAGGUUUAUCAAUUUGUCAGGUAUAAUAAAUUAACUUCUUUGUCAACUA